CCGAUUGUUUACUUCCGUUUAUUACAAAAAUGACGAAUUGCUAUGCUCGUCGAGUGGAUCAGCUCGAUGCGAUUUUUCUUGACAAUGAAUUAUUAUCUUUGUUGAAUUCUAAUUUCCGCAGAGCAUUCAGUUAUUUUCCUCAAACAGUUCUUUCUCGCUUCGGUCCUGAGUUAGACACGCUCUUCAAAUUUUGUUACAAAUAUCUUCCAUAUCAUGUUCUUGGUGGAUCAUUUGGUCAAAAUGUAUUUCAGCUUUGUUAUAAAGAUAGCUCAACUCUGAACAGCCCAUCACUAAAAAAGCUUCAAACUCUUGCUUUUAUCACCAUUGCUUUACCUUGGUUUUGGGAUCGAAUUAUUCGCAAGCUCAUUUUGUCGCUAAAUAAUGAAUGCUCUAGAAAAGCUUCCGAUGUUUCAUACAUGACGGAAUCUAAAUUGCGAUUCUUGUACAAGAUGAUGUCUUGUGUCAACUUUUGUAUAUUUUUGCAGAAAGGACAAUUUUCUUCUGUAGAAGAACGAAUAUUGAAUGUUAGACCGCUGUAUAUGACUAAACAAGAUAUUCGACCAACUCAGUAUGAAGGAAUUUCUCGAGAACUUCUGUGGCAUGGCUUGUGCGAAUUUCUUGGGUUUAUUCUCCCUCUAAUCAAUAUUUAUAGAUUAAAAGGAUAUCUGAGACGCAAGUGUUUACCUUGGGCUAAAAGUUAUCGAUCAAAGUAUUUUUUCAACACCCAAACAUGUGGAAUAUGUGGGAAUGUCCCCACUUUUCCUCACACAAUUGGUUGUUUGCACGUUUUUUGUUACUAUUGCAUUUCAAGUUCAAUUUUAGCUGAUCCAGUAUAUUUUUGUUUUGAUUGUGAUACUACAGUCAAUGGGGUUAAUUGUAUAAAACCCCUUGCAAUAAAUGCUCCAUCCAUCAGUGUAAAAACCUAAGUGUUCUGUAAUAAUAUGUAUGAAGUAAUGAUUUUUAUAGUAAGUACUUUUUGUACCAGGUAUAUUUUUGUUUUCUGAACCAAUUAUAUUUUUGUUAUUAAA